ACUCAAUUUAUUUAUUAGCAACACCCGUUGACAAAAUACAUUGAAAUGCACUAUUAGCUUACUCAUUUCCAACUCCAUUCAUUUAAGUAGCUGCUGGAUAAUGGGUCCUGAUUUUCCUAAUAGAGAGUACUGCAAUUAAUUUUAGAUAGAAUGUCAGGAAUUCAGAAAUGCAUUAUACAAAAAAUAUUUCCAGAAAAAUACUCAUUCCUGUAACUAACAUUCUAUCAUCUUCUUGCUAAUCGAAACCUUUUUAAAUAACUGAAAUGAUAUACAGUGUGAGGGUCAGGAGGGUGGGAGAGAGGUUUACCUGAGAGUGUUGAGAGCAAUCAAUAUUGCCAGAGCAAGGGUGGUUGGAAGGGGUAGGGAUAAAGGUUUUAGGGUUGUUGUUGCUAAGGAGAAAUGCAAGCAAUAACGAGUAUGAGUGAUUGACAUUCUCCCCGUAAUCCUAUCCUGAUUUUUUCACCAACAUUUAGAAACUCUUUAUGCCGCACUUUUGGUCGGCAGCAUGAGUGUUUUUUAUUUAUGAACUGAAAAUUCACUCCUAAUGAACAACUACCUCAUGAUUAUUUUACGAAAACACAGAAACUGGAAAACGACUAAAAGAAGAAAUGUAAUUGCAUUAAUUGACAUAAUUAUCAAUUAUAGAUUGCAUAAAGAGUGGGCGGAUAUGUGGUUAAGAAGCGAACAUGUUAGUCGGCGGCUCCGAGGUAGGCUAGGAACUGCUGGAGCGACAAGUUCCAAAGUAACUCGCAGCAGAGUGCAAUCUGGGGCUGUUAGAAAAAUUCCAGCAAUCGCAAAUAAUAGUCAACGAGUGAACACUACAAGCAGAUGUGGGAGAUUGACUAGAUGGAGACAAAGAUCACCUAAUCUAUUAAAAGAGGCCUGUAGAGAAAACGUUUUGCACUUUGCCAAAUCGCCUCCGAUUCGUCGAGAAAAAAGGCCUCGACGAAGGAAGUGUAUUAAACGAGGAAUGGUCACCUCGACACCUUUACAUCGUGCUCCACCAAAGGAUUCCAGCAUUCCACCAAGGACUACAAAAGUUUCUAAAGUUUCUGAAGAGUCAAAGGAAAAUUGGAAUCUGAUCUCACCAGCUCCAUACGCAACAUCCACUUUCAUUGAAGAUGUCCCAAUUUGUCCUGCGAUACCACUGCACGACGAGAAAUCACUUACUCCAACUGUUGUUGCCUUUGCAGAAUUAAUUCCAGCACCAACUGAACCUCCACAUGCAGAUUUAUCUUGCCUGCUUAACGACGAGAAUAACAAGGCUCAUGAUAUCCUCUCUCUGCACUGUGGGUAUCCAGAAAUCUGUCCAAGUAGCGAAUCAUCUGUAGACUUUUACAAUAACAUAAUUCAUUCAACUCCGAAUUAUGGGAGCAGGAUGUCUUAUCCAACAGAGAAAUAUUUUCCAAACACGAAGUACACAUUCGUGGAUGGUAAUGAGAACAGCAGUGAGGAAUGUAAAUACCAGUAUUCAAACACUGGCAGUGAGUCAUCCAAAUACGAAAGUGCGGAAGAUUUUCCAUCCUUGAAGUACGGCAGCUUGACAGAUGUCUAUUCUAGAAAUUCUGACCAUUCUGCAGAUUCAAAUGACAAUCUUAAUGCAAAAUACGUCUCCGAGGAGCUGGUUGCAGACUAUCAGGAUGUGAAAUACAUGGAAGUUGAAAAUGAAGAAAUUGUAGAGAGCUGCAGCGUCGAAAAUAUGGUCUCUCAAGUCCAGGAAGACUGGGAACCAUUUGAUCCUUAUUUAUUCAUCAAACAUUUACCACCGUUAACACCAGCAAUGAGAGCCAGGUGCCCAGCAUUGCCCUUGAAGACCAGAAGCAGCCCUGAGUUUAGCCUGGUAUUAGAUUUGGAUGAGACCUUGGUUCAUUGUAGCCUUCAGGAACUCUCCGAUGCCGCGUUUCGUUUCCCGGUUGUAUUUCAGGAAGUGACGUAUAAAGUGUUCGUCAGAACAAGACCGUUUUUUCGGGAAUUCCUUGAGCAUGUCUCUUCUUUGUACGAAGUUAUUUUAUUCACAGCCAGCAAGCGGGUCUAUGCCAACAAAUUGAUGAAUCUAUUAGAUCCGACAAGAAGAUUAAUCAAAUAUCGCCUGUUCAGAGAACAUUGCGUGUGCGUUAAUGGAAACUACAUCAAGGAUCUAUCCAUUUUAGGGAGAGAUUUGUCCAAGACGGUCAUUAUCGAUAAUAGUCCCCAGGCUUUUGGCUACCAGCUGGAGAAUGGUAUACCAAUUGAAAGCUGGUUCGCGGAUCGUUCCGAUAAUGAGCUUAUGAAGUUGUUACCAUUUUUAGAAAAUUUAGUGAAUUUGGGAGGUGACGUACGACCGCACAUCAGAGAGCAGUUCAGACUAUUUAGUUUUCUACCACCUGAUUAACUUGAUACAAAUAAUGAUGUUGAUUGUUAGAAGCAAAGAACUUCGUUUUGUCCUUAGUUUACGUAACCAAUGCAUAUAAUUUUCGUGAUUAUUUUUAAAAUAUUUUGGCUGCAUUCACAGAUAACAAAGUAAGACGUUGCCUUGUUACUAAUACGUAUGUAACCAAAAGUACAAAGCUUUGUUUCAUGGAGUGAUAAAAAAAUACGUCCCAUACUUGAAAUCAUCACUUCAUAAUAAACUCUACGUCCUUAUAUCAUACAUGUGAACACAGCCUGAAAUAUAAACCUAGAUUUUGAUCAUUGUGAUUCGUCAGAGCCUCAAAAAAAAAAACCCGUCAACUUACCGCGAUGGAUUGAAAUCUGAAUAAUAAUGCGUAAAAAGAGAAGUUUAUGUAUAUGUACAUUAUAUACAAAUACGUCUUAUAAUCAUAAGCAAGAUCUGCAAUACGAUUGGUAUUUUUAGCAUACUGAGAGAGCUGCGUCCGCAUAAAUGCAACAGCGGUAUACUCUAAAACAGAUGUGUUUCCAUUGAGGCAAUAUAGGAUUUAAGAAUCGCCCAACGUGCAAUAAAUAUUUCGCGACAACUCGUCUGAAUUUCUUUCAAAAGAUGGUUUUACGAAUCAUCAGCGACUUUUAACCACUAGAACGUCAAGUUGCUUGGUGUAACGUAAUCACGUUUGAUUAUACGAAUUAUCACCUUUAUAUACAAGUGCGAUACUAGUAGAAGAACUCACAAACUUCUCUUCUAUCAUCACUGAUGUGAUGGAAUCGUAAAAAUCUUGAAGGGUAAUGUCAUUUUCAUGUUACAAAGAGCUCUUUUUUGUUCACACGCAUAUAUACAUGUAUAAAAAGCACUUGUAGUGUCAGAGUAUGUACAAGCAUGAUAACAACAAUAGUGAUGAUGAAAAUAAUACUAAGGAUGAUGAUGUUGAAUCUUAAUUUGUUUGAUCUAAGAAUUAUUCACAAGAUACCCUGGCUUUUCGGAACUUCGUGAUCACCUGGGGGCGGGAUUACUGAUUUUCAUUAGCCUUCAAAUAAAACAAGCGAUUGCAUCUGAGAAUAAGGUUCCAUUACGUUUUUAUAAUGCACAAUUAUUCGAGUCGAUAAUUGUUAUAAUUUUGUUUCCAACACUCCUGCACAAUAUCUGCAAUUAUACACCAUACAUUAUUUUCCGAUUUUGAACGACAUGUCCUGUUUUUUGGUUUUAUAAACGCAAUAUAAAAUGCACAUAAAACAAUUGCUUUCCUCAUAUUAAUGCAUCAGUAAAGUUGUGACUCUUAUACGUAUUGUUAUAUUUUUUAAGCAGGGUAGCGUCUUCGCCAUGUUCUCUUUCUGUUGCUCAUGGCUUCGAUACAAUAACGAAUAAAAUGAAUUCAAUUAUGAUUUGCUAACGAUGACUACAACUCUGGAGAUCUUUUUCUAGAUGGGUCAGUAUUGCCAAUGGAAAAUAUGUAUACGGAUUUUGUUUCUCCUUUCAGCGUCUUCGUUGAUAACAUAGAUCAUAAUUACCUAAUUAUUACUAUUUUUAUAAUAAUGUAUAUCGUGGCUCUGUAUGUAAACCACAGACAUGCCGUAGCAUGAUUUUCCUAAGAAAAAUUACAGCAAGUCAGUCUAUAAA